UUUAUUGUGCCCAGAGCCUCCACGUUUGGCCCUUGCCAGAGUAUAAAAGCUGGGGGCAGCGUUGGAGGCACCAGCACGAGCCAGCCUCCCACUGAAGCUAAACUAACGCAGACUCUCCUGCAGCCUCAACAUGUCUCAGACCGCCAAGUCCGCCUCCAGCCAGGGCACCGACGCCAAGGACAAGGGAGCCCCCCCUGCCGCCUCCAGCAAGGCCACCAAGACCGGAGAGCCCGGCAUGGGAUCCUUCAGAAUCAUGAUGUUCGACCAGGAGAACUUCCAGGGCCGGAUGAUCGAGGUCCAGAAUGAGUGUAUGAACGUGUGUGACCGUGGCAUGGAUAGAGUGCGUAGUAUCAUUGUGGAGUGCGGCCCCUUUGUUGCCUUUGAGCAGACUAACUUCCGUGGGGAGAUGUUCAUCCUGGAGAAGGGAGAGUAUCCUCGCUGGGACACCUGGAGCAACUCCUACCGCAGUGACUGCCUCAUGUCCCUCAGGCCCGUCCGCAUGGACAGCAUGGAGCACAAGAUCUGCCUGUAUGAGCUCUCCGACUUCAAGGGCAACAAGAUGGAGAUCCAGGAGGAUGAUGUUCCCACCCUCUGGGCGCAUGGGUUCUGCGACAGAGUGGGCAGCGUGAGGGUCCCUGGAGGAUCUUGGGUUGGUUACCAGUACCCCGGAUACAGAGGCUACCAGUACCUGUUCGAGUGCGGUGACUACAGACACUACAAUGACUUCAGCGCCUACCAGCCCCAGAUCCAGUCCAUGCGCCGCAUCAGGGACAUGCAGUUUCACCAGAGAGGCUGCUUCACCUUCACCUCCGCCAGCAAGUAAACACUGGCCCACCCACCACCUUUAAUCCUCCAACCCUUUCCUAAAUCUACACCACCACCAUGAUGGCUCCAUCCCAAAGGAAAGACCGGAUGAGAACUGAACCCUAACGGGACGACAUCCACUGACUUUUUAAUGGUGCUAAAAAAUAAACAUGUUGUGAUCAACCUGAAA